GCAGGAGUGCGGGGUGCCGGUGCUGCUGCUCGAGGUGCCCUUCAUCUCGAUCAAGAUCGCCCCAGAGGUGCCCAGGGCUGAGGAUGCCGUCAGGGCGCUGGGGGCCAUCCUGCAGUACCACGGCUUCGAGCAGGUCGUCUGCGUCGGGCACUCCUUCGGCACCGUGGUGCUGGGCUGGCUCUGGAGGUACGCACCCGAGAGGGUGGCUGGCCUGGCCCUCCUCGAUCCCAUCGUGGUGCUGCUGUUUGUCCACACCGUGCUCUACAACUUCCUGUACCAGAAGCCCGCGCUGUUGAACCCCCUGGACCGCAUUUCGUCGGAAUUCUUCCUGGCCCACGGCCUGCGGCGGAACUUCUGGUGGUACGAGUGCAUCCUGUGGCCCGAGGACCUUCCCCCCUCCCUGCCUUUCCUGGCCAUCCUCGCGGAGAAGGACGAGAUUGCGCCUGCUCCGCUGGUGCACAGGCACCUAGCUGCCGCGGCUGGCUGGUGUGCCACGCGGGGCCCAGGACCGGGUGUUGACCAUGGUGUCCUUGACGCAUGGUAAGCUGCAAGGGGGGACUUUUACUGAGUAUCCUGAGGUUUUUGAAGGAUUUUGGCAUGUUCUUCUUUUCGGCCUUCCGAC